CAAAGUUUCCACCUCUCAUGCGCGUGCGUACAUAAUCAAGCGGCUACACGUACUUUAUAGAGCUCGUGCUGCAUGAAAUUAGUUGAGAAGAGUGAGAAAGAUGCAGUGGUGUUAUAGAACUGGCUGGCUGACGGUAACUGCAUGGCUACUCCUGACGUGGCUGAGAAGAGCCAGCUGCGAGCUGUUUGUCAUUCACCUCAACGCCACGACCAACGUCUCUUUGGAUGUGCACCUUGGAGAUAAAGUCACUGUGAUUUGUCCUCCUGACAGAUAUGACAAUAUCCUCUAUCUCAGGACAAUAGAGCAGCUAAUCCACUGCAAUGCCUCAGCCCUCCCUCCCAGCUUCACGGCCACAGACCUCGACCCCUACAUUGAUGUCGGCUGGUUGCUCCGGCUCAUCGGGGCCCUCCUUCGACAUCGACGUCAAACGAACCCCGGCCUUCCUCGAAACUACCAUCCCCUUCAGAAAAGGCGGCACCUUUUACUUCACAAGUUUCACUGAUGGGACUGCAUUCAGUGCUGCAGCGAAGCCUACGGUAGGAGGUGACUGUACCAAAGGCCUCUCACUGGUGUUCAACGUCAUUGAUCCUGACCAAACACCGCCUCCUCCUGCAGUCAAUAGUGCUGUGUCAGCAACUGCCCCAACACCUGUCCCUACUACUGCCCCCAGACCAGAGGUGGACGUGUCUGUGGACAGCAGUCCAGAGUUCCUUGCACUGAGUGGCAGCUACUCUUACCAUACGAUAUCACCAAUGUCUUUGGUCUUUGUGUGUCUUCUUCUGUCCGUUUCAUUGUUCAUUACAUCAUAGUGUUGGUGUGCACAAUAAUUAUAUUUAUGAUUGUCUCAAUUAUAAAAUGCACCCUCUUGCAGUCUGUCUUAUCUGUGUGAAAUGAUCAUCAAUUAAUAAUCACUCAAUAGAGUUAUAUAGCUCAAGGGGUGAUGUGUGUUCAAGAGGAGAAGUGUAUAUUAUAAUUAUGCUGCCAGCAGCUGGUGAGCAAAGGGGGCAUGCACAGCAUUAAUGUGUGCAUACAUGGUCAUUCUGGUCACGUGUGUGG